CCCUUGCGCAGACAUGUCCGCCAGACCGGGAUUCUACCAGCAGGAGCUGAACAAGACCGUGUGGGAGGUACCGGAGCGGUACCAGAACCUGACGCCGGUGGGCUCCGGAGCCUACGGAUCGGUGUGCUCGGCGUACGACGUGGUCUCGCGGCAGAAGGUGGCGGUGAAGAAGCUGUCCCGGCCGUUCCAGUCCCUGAUCCACAGCCGCCGGUCCUACCGGGAGCUGCGGCUGCUGAAGCACAUGAAGCACGAGAACGUCAUCGGCCUGCUGGACGUCUUCACGCCCGCCGCGGCGCUCGAGGACUUCAACGAGCUCUACCUGGUGACCAACCUGAUGGGCGCGGACCUCAACAACAUCGUGAAAUUUCAGCGGCUGUCAGACGAGCACGUGCAGUUCCUGAUUUACCAGCUUCUACGCGGCCUCAAGUACAUCCAUUCAGCAGGAUUGAUUCACAGAGACCUCAAGCCCAGUAACGUGGCAGUAAAUGAGGACUGCGAGCUGAGGAUCCUUGAUUUUGGAUUGGCCAGACAGGCGGACGACGAGAUGACCGGGUAUGUGGCGACUCGCUGGUAUCGAGCGCCGGAGAUCAUGCUGAACUGGAUGCACUACAAUCAGAAUGUGGAUAUUUGGUCAGUGGGAUGCAUUAUGGGAGAGCUGCUGAAGGGAAAAGUCCUUUUUCCUGGCACCGACUAUAUCGACCAGCUGAAGAGAAUCAUGGAGGUGGUUGGGACUCCGACACCCGACCUGUUGAAGAAGAUCUGCUCUGAACAUGCACAGAAGUACAUCCAAUCUCUUCCCUUCAUGCCCCAGCAGGACCUGGAGAAGAUCUUCAGAGGAGCAAACCCACUGGCUGUCGAUCUCCUAAAGCGCAUGCUGGUUCUGGACUGUGAUGGGAGGAUCUCGGCCAGCGAGGCCCUUUCCCACUCUUACUUCUCACAGUACCACGAUCCAGACGACGAGCCGGAGGCCCCGCCUUACGACCAGACGCUGGAGAGCAAAGACCGAACUCUAGAAGAAUGGAAAGAGGAAGUGGCGCAACUCGACGCCACAGACCCAAGGAGAGCUUCGAGCCGCAGAGCUUUCCAUGCUGUUGCAAGAACUCCACCACCAAAGUUACAUUUUACUGAUUUAUUUAAAGAUGCCAGCUUCUUACAUCAUGAAUAUGAUUACGUUUCAUUUGAGAAGGGAGUUUUUACGGCUUGUGAAAUGGCUCAGAGCGGAGGCGAGUCAUGCCAUGCAUCCGUGUGUUAACAGGCAUAACUAUGAGGCCCCAAACCAAAGCCUGCAGCAGAAGACUCUUGGUUUAUAUAUGAACGUAUCCUGUGUUUUCCACCUUCGGUGGGUUUAAAGUAUUCAUCACCACCUCUUUAAACAAAUCGUAAACAGCACUCCUCACAUGUUUCCUUUGGCUUUAUGUCUCUCUCGUGUGUGUGUGUGUGUGUGUGCUUAGAGUUGGUAUUUGAAGAGGUGACCUGCGUCAAAGCAUCCGGCAGCAAGACCGACAGCCUUCAGGCGGAGCCGUAAGCCUCUUUCGGCUCCGCCCCCCCGCCCUGCUCAAGGACCAAGGACUCAAUGAUCGGAGGUGGAGGAAGAGAAGUCUGCGUUCCCUCCGCUCGGCGUGGCUGGGAUCGGUUGCCUGUCCUGGGUGUAUUUGAGCGGGGGGGCCGGACGGCGUCCCGUGGAUCGGAUGCACACACGGGGCAAUUUACAGGGAGAAUUGUUUUAAUCCGAUAGAAGGAGCUCUUCAGUCCGGAGAGUUGCUUCCUCUUAUGUUCACCCGCUCAGUGAGGAUCAGAUCGCAGAGGGCCUGAUGACUCAUACGGGGAAGCAACUUCACGGAACUGAACUGUGUUUACAGAAUAAUAGAAAAGGUAUCGAAGGAAGGGUAAAAAAAAAAGCACACUAGUAUUUCCAAAGCAACGACAUCUGGUCCCUCGUCAUGACAGAUGCCAUAAGCAGUCAGAGCUUUCGUGUCUGGAGUCCGUGUUCAAAGGCUCAGAAUUCAGCUUGCAUUCUGCAUGAUUUCUGUGCAUUUUAUUAUUACAAAAAUAUUACCGGUAUCGUAUUAUAUAACAAUGACGACUGCUUAUUGCAUAUGCCAGACUGCUGUGAAGCAGCCCGAGGGUCAGAGAGGCAUUACCAAGAGAUGUGCCCGACUUUUAAAAUGUUCUUUAUAAUUAAAGUGGAGUUAAAAAAAACAAUGAUACCAGAGCAAAGAGAAGCGACUGUUCUUCAUCCUCUUCCGUUUACAGAGUAGUAAACACCGACUGUGGUGCGGAUUAUCGUCGUUAAUACGUGCCGAAACCGGAGCGGCGUGGCAGGUCUGUGUUCACAGAGCGACCUCGCUUCAGAUGAAGUUUCCUCCGAUGGCUGAUAGCGUGUCACCUGUUGGCGUCGGCUGCGCUCCAUCAGGUGUCCGUCAUGUCGUGUCUUUUGAAGCUCCGGUUUGUGUUUACAGUAAAACGAGUUUACAGGCGUUUUGUCAGCUGGUAGAAGCUCCAUGGAAGUCCUGACUGGUGAAACACUCCCAUGAAUCCUACUUUCCUCAUCUUCUUUUUUGUUUUUGUGCUGCUUGAGUGUUAAUAAUGAAAAUGGUGUGUGUGCAUUCAUUAGUGACCAUCGUAUUAAAGCACUGGGGAUGUUCUGUACCUCACUUGUGGGUAUUUCAGUAACACUGAACUUCAUAGCUUAUUGCAACACGUGGACACCUUUACAUGUCGUGUUUGUAAAAGCUGCAUGAGCUCAAUGCAUCUUCAGAUGUUCCGCAGGGAACGGCUGCCUCCCUCACCGACUUUGUGUCACUCAUCUUGCAGCAGACUGGAGUUUUAGUUCGACCAACAUUUUGCUGAGGGAGAAAUACUUGUGUUCCCCCACCGUGUGCAGAGCCAACAGGUUUCCAGAUGAAUGCUGAAUGUCAGGGACCAUGUGAAGAGGUCAAAGAGGUCAACGCUGAUGUUAGACAGUCAGGACAUAGGCCUCCAAAUAUAUGAACAAAUACAGUGUGUUUAUUGCAUCCAGAGUUCUCAGAUAACUACCUGAGCAUCUUAAACUUGAAGUAAAGUAAAGAGUUUGUUUACUGAUGCUGGUGGACAUUUUGGGAGAUAAACACAGAAGCUAAAAGAUAAACAUAGAAGCUAAAAGAUAAACAUAGAAGCUAAAAGAUAAACACAGAAGCUAAAAGGCUCAUGAGUCACGAAAUAUAAAUACAAUUGAUAUUUAACUGCUGCAAAUGCAUUCUCACACUUAAUCUGUAUCGGCCUACUGUCUGGAUACAAGUUGGAUAGCAGGUGUAAAGCAGAUAGAAGUUUUCUAGAACCGGACCCUCGAAUGCCAAGUAGCACAAGUAGCUCUUCAGGUUAGCUAACGAGCUACAUGCUAGCUUUGAUUGAAGGCUAACUUAAUUAGCUAAAGUAGGCCUACUAGCAUACUAGUGUAACUACUGGAUGGCGUUUAAGAUGCAAAUGGUUGGCAAUGAAGCCCAUCUGAGGUUUUAUUUCACAGCAGAUAUGAGAUGAACUGAGGAAUAGGAAGAAACCCUAGCUAGCCUGUCUAGCUAGACAGGCUAGCUAGACAGGCUAGCUAGCAUUGUUAGCCAGCGAGGUUAUAAGGUCAAUUGUAUUUUAUACAUUUUGUGUGUUCCUUCAUGCAAGUUAAACUGGUUCUAUGGCUUGUCCCACUCUAGUCCAACCACACCAAUGAGAUGAUGUCUACCUAGAAGAAACAUGAGAGGCCUACAACUAAAAUGUAAUUUUUGAAGAACACAAGAAAGGAAACCCACUCCUCCCUGUUUCCUCCCUGUUUCCUCCCUGUUUCCUCCCUGUUCACAGUCCAGGUGUCUGAACCCUGCCGGUCUCAGUCUUAGAGCUCUGAAUGUUAACGUGCCCUGUGUUUAUGUGGGUGUUGUAUAUGGGGUGGAUUUGAAUAGCAAACUGCAAAUAUGAAUGUAUACGUAUACCGUGUGUGUGUGUGUGUGUGUUACGCGGUGGCAUGUGAUUCAACGGUAGCCGUGAGUUUAAAAUCACUAAACUUAACGUCAACCGUCAGUUUCCAAAUGAUUCAGAUAAUUUUCUCCUUCAUCAUCAACGGACAUGACUCGGCAAGUCUUCAUCAGAAUAAAAACACCUUCAGUUCUGAUA